GGCAGGGACCGGGGAAAAGUGUGUGGUAGGCGCGCGCGGCGCACCGUAGGGUUGUGACCGGGUGGCGCUGCGGGCCGCGGUGGGGCCGGAAAUGUCAGGCGGUCCCCACUCCGCGCUCCGCGCCUCCGGCUCCGCGCCCGGCCAGCCUGAGGUGGGGUCGGUGCCCCCGGCGGCACGGCGCUGGGGAGGCUAUGGCGCCGGCCGCGUCCAGGCUGCGGGCCGAAGCCGAGGUCGGGGCGCUGCCGCGGCGGGCGCUCGCCCAAUACCUGCUCUUCCUGCGGCUCUACCCGGUGCUCACCAAGGCGGCCACCAGUGGCAUUUUGUCAGCACUUGGGAACUUCCUGGCCCAGAUGAUUGAGAAGAAGCGGAAAAAAGAAAACUCUAGAAGUCUAGAUGUCGGUGGGCCUCUGAGAUAUGCCGUUUAUGGGUUCUUCUUCACAGGGCCGCUGAGUCACUUCUUCUACUUCUUCAUGGAACAUUGGAUCCCUCCUGAGGUCCCCCUGGCAGGGCUCAGGAGGCUCCUCCUGGACCGCCUCGUCUUUGCACCGGCCUUCCUCAUGUUGUUCUUCCUCAUCAUGAACUUUCUGGAGGGGAAAGACGCCUCAGCCUUUGCCGCCAAGAUGAGGGGGGGCUUCUGGCCGGCGCUGAGGAUGAACUGGAGGGUGUGGACGCCACUACAGUUCAUCAACGUCAACUACGUCCCUCUGAAGGUGAGGGCCACGGGGCUCAGCCUCUGCCAACAUUACUUUCUGUCAGCCUUUUCCUUCCUUCCUUCCUUCCUUCCUUCCUUCCUUCCUCUUUCCUUCCCCCCUCCCUUUCCUUCCCCUCUUUUCUCUUCUCUUCUUUCUGCUGUAGUUUUCUGCUAGACUUGGUUUCACCCGUGUCUAGACUCCUCAACUACCCUUGGAUUUUGCCCAUGACCCUGAAUCAUUGCUAGUUCGGGAUUUAGGAAGCAACACAGAAGGGUGUCCCGAGUGGUCGUCUUUGCCUCUUCUGUUCGUUCAGCAAAUUCUUAUUAAAAGCCCCCAUGCCAGGGAUGCCUAUGAGUUUUCUAGCCUUUGAAACAUUCCCAAUCCCAGGAGUGUACAUUCAGGCAACUUGGAUCUAUGCUCCUGGGUUGCAGUCCUCAAACUUGGCCCAAAUAAACUCUAGUUAUACUUAGAAAAAAAAGGCCAUCGCAGUAGCUCAUGCC